AUGCAAAAAGUAAUUGGAGCGCUUUCUAAAGAAAAUGAACAAAAGGAAUUCCAUAAAUACUGGGAACUUGAAGGCAUAGGUAUCCACGAAAAUCCAGUACAGAAUGACGACAAAGUAGCCAUGGAACACUUUCAAAAAACAUGUACACGAGACUCAGAUGGCCGAUAUGUAGUGAGCUGGCCAUUAAAGGAUGAAAAUGUAAAAAUAAAAAAUAACUUUUGGGGAGCCAUUUCAGUACUAAAGUCCGUGCAUAAAAAGUUAAUGGAAACAAAAAGAUUAAAUAAAUACAAUGAAAUGAUUAUGACACAAAUUAAUGAGGGAAUUUUAGAAAUUAUUGAUAAUGACGGUAAAGAAAAUUCUACAUUGUACAUUCCUCACCAUCCAGUGUAUAAUAAAGAAAAGGAUAAAUUAAGAAUAGUUUUUAAUGCUAGUUUUAAAACAAAAGGAAGCAAUUCUUUAAAUGAUCUACUUUACAGAGGACCCGUGUUAUUACCUGAAUUAGUCGGAUGCCUAAUGCGUUUUAGAAUGAGUAAAAUUGUAGCUAUAGCUGAUGUUCAAAAGGCGUUCCAUCAAAUUGCGAUUGCGGAAAAUCAAAGAGAUCUGACCCGGUGUUUUUGGCUAAAAGAUAUAGAGGGAGAAGUAGUGGAAAGUAAUGUGAUAAAAUUAAGAUUUAAAAGAAUGGCAUUCGGUGUUAUAAGUGCACCUUUUCUUAUGACGGCCUCUAUUAAUGAUCAUUUAGAAAAAACAAAUACUAAGCUCUCUUUAGAAUUAAAAAAUGGGGGAAUGUACGCAGAUAAUAUAUUUCUUUUUGCCAAUUCAACACAAGAAUUAAGGGACAAAUGCGAACAAUCCAAAGAAAUAUUUGCCCAAAUUAAAAUGAAUUUACAUGAAUUUUUCUCUAACGAUUUAAAAAUAAAUAAAGCAUUUUCCGAACAGCACGAAAAGAAAAUAAUUAAGGUUUUGGGGAUUAAUUGGAAUUUACAGGAGGAUGAGAUCUUUUUAGAAUUAAGUAAAAAUGAAAAUUUAAUAAAUGAAAAUAUGAUUUGGACCAAGAGAAAGGUGUUAAAACAACUAGCAAAGACAUUUGACCCAUUAGGCUAUUUAAUACCAGUCUCUCUCCCCAGAAAAUUAAUAAUGCAGGAAAUUUGGAAAAAUGACAUCGAUUGGGAUGAGAAACUUAGUCCUGAAUUAAAUAAAAAAUGGAAUGAAUUAAUGCAACAAAAUAAUGAAGAAAAUAUGAGUUUAAAAAUAAAAAGAGAAACAUUUUCACCGGAAGAAGAAAUCGAAAUACAUAUUUUUGUGGAUGCGUCAAAGGAUGCUUAUUGCGCCGCAGCCUAUUUGAAAUGUGGAGAAAAUAUAAAAAUAAUUUUAGCAAAAAAUCGACUUUCACCGUUAAAAAAUAAUUUGACCAUACCUAGACUUGAACUUUUAGCAGCAGUUGCGGGUAAGAGACUAGUGGAAUAUAUAAAGAAUCAAAUAAAAACUCCUUUCAAAAAUGUGUAUGUUUGGUCAGAUAGUAAAUGCAUUCUCUAUUGGAUAAUUUCGAGCAAAUUAGAAAAAUUGCCAAAAUUUGUAAGGCGAAGAUUGGAAGAAAUUAGGGGCCAAAAAGAAAUUAUAUGGAGAUAUGUUCCAACUCAAAAUAACCCGGCCGAUUUGGGAACCCGGGGUUGCACCAUGGAAGAAUUAAAAAAUAAUAAACUUUGGUGGGAGGGCCCAAGCUUUUUGAAGGAUAUGAACCAAUGGCCUCCUAUAGAAAUGAAAGCUGAGGAAGAAAGUCAAGAUGAAAAUGAAUUAGAUAAAUUAAUGGCUUGUGUUUUAAUGGGAGAAAUUAAUUUAAAAGUUAGAAACAAAUGGGAUGAAUUAGUAACAAUAGCCACAUAUUUUUUAAAAUUUAUUACAAAAAUUGGAAAGAGAAUUGAUUUAAAAAGUGAAAUUUUAUGCGCUUUCAAAAAUGCUGAAUCAGAAGCGAAAGAAAGAAAAAUAGCGCAACUAUAUUUAUUAAGGCAGGCGCAAUUGGAAUUCCCACCCGAUAAAAAGACACAAAUUGAUUAUUUAUUAAAGCAAGAUAAGUAUUCCCUUUGGAAAUGUUGGGGGAGACUAGAAAAUUCUGCAAGUACCCCACCAAUAUGGAUGCCAAAAGAGUCGAAAAUAGCCGAAUUAAUUUGCAUGGAGGCCCACAGAAAAUGUUUACAUAGUGGAUUAAGAGCCUCAUUGGCCGAGUUACGUGAAAAAUUUUGGAUCACCAAAGGAAGAGCUUUUAUGAAAAAAGUUAUAGAAAAAUGUGAAUAUUGUUCUAGAUUAAAAUUAAAAGCAUUUGAAAUUCCCCCAAUGGCUCCAUUACCGAAAGAAAGAGUAAAUAAAUCUAAUCCAUUUCAAUUUUGUGGCAUAGACUAUUUUGGCCCAUACAAUAUUCGAAAAGCAAAUAAAGAAAUCGGAAAAAUUUAUGUUGUUAUUUUUGUUUGUGAAUCGACACGGGCCAUACAUUUGGAAAUGGUCAAUGACCUUACAGCUAAUAAUUGUAUAAUGGCUUUACGCCGAUUUUUUGCUGAAUAUGGGAAACCCACAAAAAUUCUUUCUGAUAAUGGGACCCAACUAAAAUUAACAUCAAAAGUUGUAAAAGAAAUAACAAAGUUCUCAACAAAAGAAACUAUUGAAUGGACAUUUAUCCCGUCUCUUUCUCCUCGAUUUGGUGCAUUUUAUGAGCGAAUUAUUGGAAUAGUAAAACCAGCAAUGAAAGCUGCGACUGGUAAACGAUUAUUAGAGUCUGAAGAAUUCCGAACGCUUUUGGCUGAAGUAAAAAAGGUAGUCAAUUCUAGGCCUCUGACUUAUGUGUACAAUGAACCAGGGGAUAAUGUCGAAGUUCUUACCCCAAUGAAAGCAAUUCAACCUAAUCGAAAUAAAGAAAACUUUGAUAUAGAUUUUGAAAGAGAAAGAAGUUGUGAAAGAGAGAAACCAGAAGAAAAAUUAACCCGCAUAUGGAAAAAUUCUAGAGAAGCGGUUGAAAUGUUUUGGAAGCGUUGGAAUAAAGAGUACUUGCAAUAUCUACGCGAGCGGGCCGACAAAUACAAACACAAUAAAGGAAAAAAUUAUGUCCCUGAAAAGGGAGAAAUUGUUCUUUUACAGGAUAAAUCAUUGCCAAAAAAUUUAUGGAAUUUAGCCAAAAUAAUUGAAACAAUAAAAGGAAAAGACAAUAUUGUAAGAGUAGCCAAAGUUCUAUGUAAAGGAAAAAUAUUAACUAGGGCCAUAGAUUUGUUGUAUCCACUCGAACUUAAGGCCGAAUGCGAAGAAAAAAUAAUUGAUAAAAAUCAAAAAAUAGGGACUAAAAUGCACGAAAUGAAAUUAAGGACUAGAAAAAAGAUAAAUUAUAAAGAGAGCGAUUUAGAAAGUGACGUGUCAAGUGAAAUAGAAAUGAAUCUUUGCCCAUUCCUUUACGAAAGACGAAAUUUCACCCCGCCAAAAAUUGAAAGAAUUGAUCCAAAUAAAAAUAGAAUAUUUACAAAUAAACAAAAAUUUAAUUGGGAAAAAGAAGGGCAGAGUUUAGCUAGUAAAAUACAAGAGGAAAUAAAAGAGAUACCCGAAAUUGAAAGUAAAUUGGAGUCAAUAACUGAAGAAAUAUAUGGGAUAAAAAAUAAAAUAAAUUUAAUUGAACCAUUAAAAGAGGAAAUAAAUAAAUUAAAAUUGGAAAAUAAUAAUUUAAAACAAGAUUAUGACAAUUUAAAAAUAUUAGCGGAAAGAAACAGAAAUGAUAUGAAUAGGUUAAUUGCGGAUAUUUAUAAGUCGCCAGAAAAGAUGAAUACAAAAUGCCAAAACUCGAAAAAACAAAAUUCCCGCAAAAAUUCAAAAAAUAAAUUCCUGAACACUUCUGUCUUUUUAAUGUCUCUGGUACUAAUUCUUUUUAUAUUAAUGGGGAGAAGCGUUGGAGCACCGUGCCAAAAAGGACAAAGGAAUGUUUUAGUCAAGUCGCAAACGUGCGCAACCAACGGGUUAAAAAUAAUGAAAGCACCCGAUGGGAAUUUUUGUUGGGAAAUAAUUAAUUGUGAUUAUUCUAAAAAGGAACAUUUUGAGUCUGAAAACUGUAAUGUACCUUGUAAAUGCCCACAAUGGACCGAAACAUGUUCCUUUUAUAAUGGCCCCAGUACUAAAAAUUCAACAAUAAAAAAUAAAAAUGUUCAAAAGAUUUUGGAAAGUUUGGCUUUAGAAAAAUGUGAGAAAAUUGAAAAUUGUGGGCCCCUAAAAUUAAUAGAAGUGAAUCAAAUACAAUUAUUUGACAAUUCUCUCCAUAUAAUAAAGGAAAUGAAAAUUGAAGAAAAACAAGCACUACCCGAAGAAUAUGAAUGUAUAGGAACCGGACCCAUUACAGGCUCCCCUAAAUAUUGUUUAGACCAUAUCUGUGAGCUACAUGGAACAAAAUUUUGUUAUUACCCAGGAAAUGAAAUUUCUCUCCUAGUAAAUGAUAAUGGAAAUAUAGCUUUGAAGGCUUGGGGUCGUGUAAAAAUAAAAGUUAGGGGAUUUCUUGAAAGAAAAGAAAAUUUAAAAUGUGAAAAAUGUCAUGUUGAAUGUCACAAAGAGGGAGUAAAAAUAUUUUCACAAGAAGAGAUAGGAAGUGUAGAGAUAUGUGUAAAAAAUGAUCGAUGCGCGCUCUUUCCCCACCCAAAAUUGGAAGAAUUAAUUCCAUUAUCAAAAGAAAUAUUGGUUUCAAAUUAUGAAAUUAAAAUUAAAUUUUGGAGAUACGGAGAAUUAGUAAAAGAAUCUGGGAUAAAUUGUGAAGCUAAAGUAAUUUGUGAAAUUAUAAAAUGUAAUAUUUGUAUAGAAUUGCUUAAAAAUCCACAAUGUGCUUCAAAAACUGCUAUAAUAUUGUUCGCAAUAAUUUUCUAUAUAUUCUUUUCAAUAAUAAUGACUGUUUUUCGUGUGAUUGUGUUUGGAUUCAGAGGGGCAUUUUGCUUAUUAAAUUUUAAAUUUCGAUUAAUGCGAUGGAUUUAUAGAAAAUAUAAUAUAAAGAGUAAUCGGGGCAAAAAUGAGGAAAGUGAACUAAAAUUAAUAAAAGCCAAAAGGGAAAUAAAUCCGAUAAAAUUAACAAUAGUAUUAAUAUUUUUGACCAUUCCCGAAAGUCUUCAAUUAACCACUAUUACCGCUCAGGAAGAAAAAUGUGUUGUAAAUAAAAAUAAAGAGCGGACAUGCUUAUUUGAAAAAGUGAUUGAGUUAAAUUUUCUACCUAGGGAACAAGAAAUCAAAAUAUUAUUUGAGGAUCACGCUAACAGACCAGCAGGAAUGAUAAAUUUAAAAAUAUUAAACGCGGAAGCACGCUGCGCAAAGAAAACAAAAUUUUUUACAAGAGAAUAUGAAAUGAAUGUAAUGAGUGUUAAGAGAUGCCCAGAAACAGGAAGUUGUAAAGGUAAUAAAUGCGCGGAAAUUAAAGUAAAUGAAACAAUAUUAGAAUUAGAAGCAGUCCAAAACUUUCCGGGGAUUACAGGUUGUGUCGAAGGUAUGAAUAAUUGGCCAAUGACAGGAUGUUUCUAUGCUACAGCUCCAUGCACUUUUUAUAGGUACUAUGCAAAACCUAUAGGAAACGAAAUUUUUGAAGUCUUUGAAUGUGAAAAGUGGGAUAUCGCAUUAAACUUAAAUGUUUCAUUAACUAAAAAUGACGGAAAGGGAGAAUUUAUAAGCGAAAGUUUUGAAGUAAAUUUAAUACCCCAAUUUAUGAAAGAAUGGAAUAAAUUAAAAAUGUCAAACCUUUUAUAG